AGGAUGUGUGGUAAACAAAUAUUUUUCAAGCCACAACAAAUCAGUAAGAGCUCCGUAGUGAACGGUCGAAGAAUUUUGCGAAAACUUGCGAGUUUAAUUGGAAAUAAAGUCCGAAAUAUUCACCGCUGAUUUAGAAUAAAUACAAUGUCGUUCAAGGAUGUGCGCGACCUCGCUGAGCACCUCAAGCUACUUGGCUAUCCGCAUGUGUUCCCCCUGCAGGCACUGGCCAACAAUUUCGGAAGCCUCGCUUCAUUUCACGUCGUCGCCGAGGUGCUGCAAUGGUUCGCAAGUCUGCUAGAGCCCGGUGUUGUGCUUGCUGGCAGCGUGGACACCGAGAACGACCGCGUGCUGCUCAUACGCUCCGCCACCGAGUUUUUCGUGACGAAAUCAGCCAUCAAGCUGAAUCCGCGCAAACUGUAUGCCUCAAGCGCAGUUACUGCGGCAGAGCUGCAGAAGAUCACACGUAUGUUGAUAGCACCACGUCAGUCGGCAGGGGACAAGGAUGAGGAGGAGAACUACCGCAGUCUCAAUCAGGUCGAUAUCGGCGAUAAAAUGGAUGAUCUGCGGCGCGCACGUGAACUCUCUGCGGACUUAACGCAACGCGGUACAGCGCUACAUGAGCUGCUCGCCAAAGAGAUGCUGCAUAGAGAAGCACGCCUGGCGCAGGCCAAUCGUCCGAUGGAAUUGUCUUCGGCCGAGCGUACGCUGAAGAAUGCUAUUGCAGCCGCACAGCUGAAACUGCAGUCCAGUCGCGCACAGUUGGAGAAUGCGCGCGUGGAAAUGAACGCGCUAUCUUCGAAGUUGCAACGCAAACGCGCCGAGCUGGAACGCACUAAACAGCGCUUAGAAGCUCUGCAGAAAAUACGACCCGCGCACAUGCAGGAGUUCGAGGAAUGUGAGAAGGAGUUGCAAGCAUUGUUCCAGAAAUACUUCUUGCGUCUGCAUGUGCGCGAUGCCUUGCGUGCACAGUACGAGGCACGCACCAAGCGUAGCACCCCUGUGGCCUCGCCGCUACUGCAAAAGCCGCAAGAAUCUUCAAUGCCCUUUAUACCAGAGGGUCUGAUAGAGGACGAUGAUGAUAAUAAUGGCGAAGAGGAGCUUGAUGGCAGUGGCGUGUUGCGCCGCGGCAAUUUUGGACUUGAUUCUGAGAUUCCGGACAUCCGAGAUGAGGAUUUGAUGUUGCGCAACAGAAAAUCUUAUAACGAGUUUAUGGAUGAGACGACGCGACGCAUGAGCAAGCGACCGGGGACGGCGACUUCCCGAAAUGGUCGCCCGAUAACUGGACGUGCGCGACGACCGACAGGCGUCAAUCAUGGUGAUCGCGCCACAAUUGAUGAUGUAGGCAUGGCUGACGUAGGUCCGUUGGGGAGCACGCUAAGCAAUCGUGCCACAUUGGGCGGUGAGGAUGACGAUGAUGAGAGCUCAUUCGGAAGUUCGGAUAGUGAGUUGGGCAUGGGUGGUCUACUUAACAUGGGGCGUGGACCGCCUCCAAGCGGUCUUUUGGGCAAUCUCAAUGCAGAAUUGGGGAGCUUCGUCGACGAUGAUUUUGAUCUCAAUUCGAUGGACGAUAUAAGCAUCUCGAAGAUCACCGGAGAGCUACCAAUGCGUCCAAAGACGGCAAGCAAGCCCGAACACCACAGUGACGAGGACUUCUAGAAUGCCAUGUGCAGUGUGCAGCGGAAAACAACUUUUUAGCGUUCAAUGAUCUGAAGAUUUUACUGAUGACUUCUUGGUGUUUCUCU